AUUCCAGUCACGCUAGCUCUGACUAUAGAAUAGAUUCGAACCCAUCGAUCUUUCCGGUUUGCUUUGAUGUGAUACAUAAUAUGUCAAAAAGAUCCAUCAAAGAUUUUUUCAAUGUCAUCGAAGACGAAAAUAGUGGAUCUAACGAUGAAGAAGGUAAGCUGCUCGAUUGUAUUGCCUGGCCGUGUAGUCAAAUCUCUACUCAGAAAUAUUGUAUACGAUGAUUUUACAGAAAAUUCUCAAGCAGUGGCGGCACCCCCACAAGAUAUUUUCCCGGAAGAAUCUAAUACAAGUUAAUUCAGACAGAAUGGCCCUCUCUAUCCUGAGAGUUUAACUGAAAGUGGCCAAGUGAAGGCACUCACUGACAGCGAGAAGGUUGCGAGAAGGAAGAUGGGAUAGCGCUGAUUUGUUGCAUACAGCUUUCCUUUAAGAAACAUUUCCGGAAAGAAUAGAAAGAUAAACCUCGACAUCACUGCAAGAACACCCUGGUUGAGAUACAGACACCCUUUACUGUUGUUACUGUUUAUUAUUCAUCACCCAUGAUCGUUCUUUCUACUCGUGAUUGGUCCAAUAUUUCUAAACUAGUGAAGAAGCAUGUCUGCGAAAAAAAGUGCUCAUCACACUGCAGUUGCUCGCGGGGAAGCGUUUCUGCACACGUAGCGAGGUGGUGCACCUAACAUCUGUCAACAGCUUCACUCUCAGAGAGCGGAACAAGUUAGAAGGAAUAGAAUUAUUCUCAAGUGUAUAACAGAGGUCCUAGUUAUGAUGGGGAAGCAAAGCAUAGCUAUCAGAGGUCUCCAAGACGAAGAUAGCAAUUUUAUGGCGAUGCUGUCUCUAUUGGCGAAAGAAAACUCAGUUCUGCGUGAGCACCUAGAAAACGCACCUCGGAUUUCCAAGUAUACAUGUCCGGAUAUCAAGAACGAGAUCAUCUUUUUUUCAGCAAAGUAGAUUCUCGAUGGCUUAAUUGACAAUUGCAAGAGAUCUGUCAUUUAUGCAUUAAUUGCUGAUGAGUCGACUGAUGUUACAAAUAAAGAGGAAAUUUCUAUUUGUAUACGUUUUGUUGGCAGGAAAGAGGACGGGAGACAUCUCAUAAGUGAAGAAUUCCUUACUUUUGUACAUGCAGACAAAGGAAGCAACGCUGAGGAACUCACAACAAAAUUGCUAGAGACCAUCCAGAGCGUCGGUUUUUCAGUGAAUGAUAUGAGAGCCCAAGGAUAUGAUGAGUGGGCACGUGAGUGGUGUGCAAACAUGGAUUCGUGAAGUAAAUCCAAAUGCUGUUUAUAUCCAUUGUCGACCUCAUGUUAAGCCUCUGUAUUGUCCAUGCAUCAAAGCUUCCACUUGUGAGAAACAUCAUGGAUACCAUGCAAGAAGCUACGUUGGCCUUUAAGUUCUCUGCAAAACGUUUGUUUGUAUUUAAAGAACAACUUGGAGACAAUCCUGUUGCUAGAGAAGAAAUGGGAAGACGCUCAAAGCUGAAGGUGCUUUGUGAAACGCGCUGGGCCUCCAGAGCAGAUUGCCAGGCAGUUUUCUUCGACGCUUUCAAGAGCCCUGACCUCGAAUUGAUUCAAGCCUCUGAAGAAGCAAAAACCUGCUUCUCUGUUCUUAAUGCCGAGCGAAAUGACGAUGCUGUUUGGGAGGCCUUGAUGGAAAAGGCUAUAGAAAUCGCCUCGGAUUACGGCAUUGAUCCAUCAUCGCCAAGAACGGCAGGAAGGCAACAACAUCACAACAACGUUCCAGCGGAUACUCCAUCAGCAUAUUGGAAAAGGGCAAUGUAUUUGCCAUUUCUAGAUCACCUCGUUACAGAGAUCAAUGAAAAGCUCGUGGUGCCACAACCAGGCUUCGAGGCUCAGCUCCUUAUCCCAGGUAAAUGACAUCA